CACACAGCUGCUUCUAUUUUUGCAUAUUUUUUUUUAUCAGGUCGUCGUCUGCACGUGUUGUUCUGCGAGUUUAAACGGCGAAAUUUUUUCCGCUAUUUGUGUCGAUAGGGCUGAACAUAAUGUUCAUUAUGGCUCUCUCCUUCUAAGCGGUUGCUGACAGCUCCAAAGAAGAGAAAAUGUUGCCUACCGCGUCACUGCUGGAACGUUGUACGCGAACUCUCUUCACGAAGUCAAAAUCAACGCUUUUUCGCCGCGGCAUCACGUCCAGCACUUUACGGUUCUGCCAAGACAGCCGCGCCAAGGACAACGAAGAAAAGCUUCCUAAGGAUUCGCAGAAUGCAGACUACAGUAAAGGGAACGUAGCCCGACUGUUUCGUGAGUCGGCAACGUUCGAUGCUGGGCAGCCCCAGAGCGCAGAUGUGUGGUCAUCGCCUGCCUAUCCUGUGAGCUUCAAGGUUCCCGCUGAAGAAAAAUAUGAGGAGACGAUUCGCAUCGACCCAAAAAAUACCAGCGUCAUUUUGUUUCCAGGGCAGGGCUCUCAGUUCGUUGGCAUGGGCCGCCACCUCCUCCAGUACCCCAACGUGAGUGAAAUGUAUGAGCGGGCAAGUGAUAUCCUCAACUAUGAUCUGCAGCUUCUUUGCCUUGAGGGGCCCAAGGAGCAGCUCAACAAGACUGUGCACUGCCAGGCUGCUGUGCUGGUCACUUCACUGGCUGCUGUAGAGCGUCUGCGGGCCAUCCAGCCUUGGGCCAUUGAAAACUGUGUUGCUGCAGCUGGUUUCAGUGUUGGAGAAUAUGCAGCUCUUGUAUUUAGCCAGUCCAUUUCCUUUGAGGAUGCUGUGCGGCUGGUUAAAAUUCGAGGAGAAGCAAUGCAAGCAGCCUCUGAAAUGGUGCCAAGUGGCUUGAUGACUGUCUUCCUGCUUACGACGGCCAAAGCGAGCUUUAUUUGUAAGCUUGCUAAGGAAUGGUGCAUUCGCAAGGGUAUUGAAGAUCCAGUAUGUAGCGUGGCUAACUACUUGUUUCCUCAUUGCAAGGUCAUUGGAGGUCAUGAAGAGGCACUGAAGUUUAUUGAGCUGAAUGCCCGUGAUCUUGGUGUAAAAAGGAUGAAACGGUUGCCUGUGAGUGGGGCAUUUCACACUGCACUUAUGAAACCAGCCCGUGCACCCCUGGCCAAAGCUCUGCAGGCUGUGCACAUAAAUGCACCACGCAUCAUGACCCACUCCAACCUUGAUGGAAUGGCCUACCGUAACCCGGAUGAAAUACGCCGCAAGUUGGAAGAGCAAAUGGUGAUGCCAGUCAAGUGGGAGCAGCUUAUUCAAGUGGUUUAUAACCGAGAAGUUGGUGAAGAGUUUCCUCGGACAUUUGAGUGUGGCCCUGGUUCCACACUGAGGGCUGUGCUCAAGAAUGUGAAUGGCAAGGCUUGGAAUGUCUCUGAAAGUAUCAGUGCUUGACUGGCUCCCCCUCCCCCACUUCCCCCUACCACCUAUGUUUUGUAAUGUACCUUUUGCUAUACCAGUUUUCAUUUAUUUUUUGUACACAAUAUUUUUAUGUGCUGUACUCUGGCAGAAAAGUGCAGUUUUUUUAUGAUGUUACAAGCCUUUGUAAGCAGUUUUGUGAAUUAUGGCUUGCACAUUUCAGGGACGUUUAUUCUGAACCGUUGCACAGCUUACAGUUUGAGCUGCAGAGGAAGCUAGUAUAUGUGGUCUGUCAAAGUGUUCGAAAUAUGCACAUUGUGUUCUGAACGGCACUUGUAAUUCCACAUAGUUGAGGACAUUUUUCUCUUGAGUGUGCAGCUUGCGCAGCCACUCAAAAGGACUCAGCUGUGAUUUUUAUUGCACAAUAAAGGCAGGAACUUGUGCUGGCA